GUCCCAGCGAGCACUCAAGUCUUUCUCUUCUCUCUCUCUCUCUCUCUCUGCUCCUGGUUGUGUCUUGUAACUGGGCUUGGAAAGGCCGGUUUAGGAGCUGAACUUAGGGAUGUGCUGAAGGGUUUAGCCCGGCCGCGUACCCCUGCGUUAGAAUCGCACUCCCGUGUGUUUGUGCUGCCUUUGGGGUGGGGGGUGGUGGUCAGCCAUCGGAUCAGCGUCUCUCAUCUUGGGAGCAGUCUCACAGGAGAUCCCCCCCACCCCACUCCAUGUCCCUUGUAGUAUCAGCAGAGGUCGCUUGGCUUUGAAUGUGGAGAGAGAAGCGGCACAGAGCGAAACAUUCCCAGGCAUGGUGAGGACGAGGGGAGUGUGGGGGAGAUAGAGCCUGAGAGACAAAGGAAACGAGCAGGACCAAACCUCAGCAUUGAGCUGCAACAAAGUGCUGGCUUAGCCUCUGUGCUGCCUGAGAGUUUUCUGCGCGACUUUGCUGAGUUGCUCAAUGCAAUUCUGUUCAAAGUCUCUGUCUGCAUCGGGGACUCGCAUGAAGGCUGAACUAUCGCAGACCACAAAACGGAUGUGAGGCAAGGAUGAACUGAAUCUUACCCAGUUCUCUUUCUUUUGUUCCAUCCGACAAUAAGCGGCUGAGAGAGGGAGAGAGAGAGAGAGAGACCCAGCGAGCAAGAGGGAGAAAGACUAAUCAUUGAAGAGAAACAUCUGCUUCCAUGGUGUUGGUGAUCUAGUCAGUGAGAUGAAUGUGAGAUUUUAUCCCACAGCCCCAGCAGCAGUAGGUACUCUGCCCACUGACCCAGCCUGCCUGGCAUCGGCAUCCUGCCUGGAACAUUAUUACUGCAACAAGUUUGAUGGGGACAAUAUGUACAUGAGUCUGACAGAUGCCAACCAGGAUUACCUUCCUGCCAAUCAAUCCUUUGCUGGCCAGGGACUUGGUGAUGAAGACUAUGAGAUUCCUCCAAUUACUCCUCCAAACCUCGGAGACCCAUCCUUUCUUCACCUGAUGGAUCCUCAUGCGAGUUACCAUUCGCUGUGCCAUUCAGUCCCUCCCAAUGGGCUGCUUCCUCAGUACCCUUACCAGAGCAUGGACCUUCCAGCAAUCAUGGUGUCCAACAUGCUGGGCCAGGAUGGCCACCCGCUGUCAAACCAACUACCUAUGAUGCAUGGAAUGGGUCAUCCAGAGGGUCCCCAAUACGAUUCAGGACCUCAACACCCAUUGGUCAGUCGGUCAGGGAUCAUGCCGCCCAGUCACAUGUCUGCCAUUAGCCAUUCCCAACUGAAUGCACAGGUCAGUCUGAAUGUAGCUAGGAGCGUUCUGACUCACGGCUCUCCCUCGCCCCCUGGAAGCAAGUCUGCCACCCCCUCGCCCUCAAGCUCAACACAUGAAGAGGAGUCUGACCAUCUGUCCAAGAUUACCGGAGAGAAGAGACCAUCGGUGGACAUUGGGAAGAAGGUGAAGACACAAAAAAAGAAGAAGAAGAAGGACCCAAAUGAGCCACAGAAACCGGUCUCUGCCUAUGCUCUCUUCUUCCGAGACACACAAGCUGCAAUUAAAGGACAAAAUCCCAAUGCAACUUUCGGAGAUGUUUCUAAAAUUGUCGCCUCCAUGUGGGAUGGUCUUGGAGAGGAGCAGAAACAGGCAUACAAGAGAAAAACUGAGGCUGCAAAAAAGGAAUAUUUGAAAGCACUUGCGGCCUACAGAGCCAGUUUAGUAUCCAAGAGCUACACUGACCAAGUGGAAACAAAGAACAGCCAGACAUCUCAGCAAUCGCACAUGAUUCCCCCGAAGCAGCCUCCCUAUAACCUACCCUCGCACACCUCCGCACCUUACAUUGGACCAAAUUCCUUCCUCCCUCAGCCAGAGCUACAAACCUACUCGGGCCCCUCCCACCACGGCCUCUCACGGACCCUCAGCUCCAAGACGGUCAUGUCACAGAUGCCCCUGAGUGGCUCUCCCCCUCCAUCGCUGCAGAUCAGCCCUCCCCUACACCAACAGCUCUCUCUGCAGCACCAUCGCCACCGAGGGCCGCAGCAACAGGCCAAUGUCCUCAACCAGCCCAUCUCCAUGCAGUCAGUGCAGAACCAGCGAAUCAUCUCUCAUCAGGUACCAUUACAAGCCCCAUCACAGCUUCACUCUCCAGCAGGCCAGCAGGGAUAUGCCCACAUGCAGCCGGAAUUCCAGAACACAGUCAGCGCCCAGUCUCCUGGUCCUAGUGUUUCAAACCCACCUGUACAGAGCACCGAGUGGGAGAAUGAAUUCUGCAACAAUGACUGUGUCAUCAGCCACUGCAGCAUGUUACCAAGGGACAAGCCACUCUACCUCACCUGAACCCACAAGACCUCCUUCUGUACUUGGACUUUACCAAGGGAGUUGCCAGCCCGAAAGAUGCCCCUCCAAAACCACCCACAUUGGUAACAGUGAGGACAUUAGCUGAGCCAAUCGCCAAGCAUUUGGAAUCAUAGAUACGAAGACUGGACUGUGAGCUCCCCCACGUUAUCAUCCAAAUCUAACCCUCUUUCUUCCCAAAAAAAAAUUUAAAAGUAAAAUAAAGGGGGGAAUUUAACUAAUUCCUAUGAAGGAAAUUUUUUUUUGCUUGCCCCAAGCCUGGCCUGCUACUGUAGUAAAACUGCUUUCGUGGUUAAUGCAGGAUCCUUGGCCAAAUGCUCGUGGACAUUGUCAUAAGAAUUGAAAUGACUCUGCAGGCAGACAGACUGAGUACACAGUCCACACUGGUCUUUCCACCAAGUGGAUCCCUAAAUACCAUCACGAUGCCUUUUCUGACCACCAGAGUCCUGUUAAAUUGAAAUGCUGGGGGCGUAAAAUAUUAAAUGUGAAGCAGUCUGUUUAAUAAAGCGUAUAUUUAGAAUAUUGUUUUCUGUAGUUUUACUAAAUGUUCUAGAUGUAUUGAUAAUUACGGGAGCUUUGUGUGUUGGACGAUUACUCUGUGAUUUACUUUAUAGAAAAGAGAGUAUUUUUUUUGUCUCUGAUUUUACUGUAGCACAUUUGGAUCACUGUUUAGCGGGGAAGGUAACAUUUGUGUAUAAAAUGCCAAAUGUAUUUGUUUUCCUUAAAGACUACUGAUUGGGGCCUUUUAUAGUUGCAUUCUGUAGCUUUUAACAUUAAUUUUCUGCCACGUGCUCAAUUAUUUAAUUUUUUUUGAUUGACAAUGUUUUGUCUAUUUAAAAUAAAGGGACACAUCAGUGUAUUCCUAAGAGGUUGGUGAGCUGUCUCUGACCUUGUGGAGGUAUUUUUCCAUCAGGUUUAGCACCAACUGUCAGGAUUUAUGUUCUUACGUUUCACGUCUGAUUUUUAUAUUUUCCCCGUCAGUAAAUAAAAAUAAUAAUUUUAUACUCA